AUGGUCUCAUGGCACUCCGUGGUGGCCAAGGCCUUGCUUCUCUCGGCCUGGGCCGCCCAGGUGUCGGCGCUCGUGCUCGAGCCGCAGCCUGGGGCGAGCGGCUGGGCCUUCCUGCGGACAGCCUCGGUGGAUGGCGCAGAGGCGCGUGAGCACGUCGCCCCGUCGACGGUGGAACGUACUGAGCCCAUGAAGGCCGACGUUGUGGCGCUGAACGGCGCCGACAAGGCCGAUGCCCAGAGGCAGCAGCUAUUGAAGGCUGAGGUGCAGCAGCUGGAGGCCCAGGAGGGCAUGACGGCCUUCUACGCGGAGAUCGACGCCUACUUCAAGAACGCCGCGCCGCUCUGGAAGCAGCUGGUCGUUCCCUUCGCGGCCGUCCUGAUGGGGCUGCCGCUGAUGUGGUCGGAGGGGGCAGUCAACACCAUCGGCAAGGUGUGCAUCUUCUUUGGCGCGCAGACGUUCAUGAACCUAUACAUGAAGGUCGUCCUUUCAGGCAGCAUCGUAUCCAGGGAGUUGCACCUCAAGGGCUACCCAGCCGCCUUCGCCGUCACAGGCAUUCAGCAGGCAACGAGUUUCGCCAUUAUCAUGCUGGGGAUUGCCAUCUUGUGGUUUUCGCCGUGGCGGUACAAACCAGUCAUCGUCGACACGAAGUUCGGUUGGCUGACUGUUCUGGCCUUUUCAGUCACUUUCACUCUGAACAUCGCGCUCAAUAACUUCAGCCUGUCGUUGCUACCUCUGUCGGUCAACCUCAUCAUGCGAUCUUGCUCCCCGCUCUCGACCUUCUUCUGCGAAAUGGCAAUGGAUAAGGCGACUGGCAAGAUCGUCAAAAACAUCAAUUUGAUCGAGGUCUCGAUGAUGGUCCUCGGCAUCGUGUGCGCUGGCCUGGCCGUGGUGAGCAAGGCCCAGCUUUCCAAGGCCAGCGCUGACCCAGAGGCCGGGUCCAACGUCGUCUUGGGUGUGAUCAUUUGCUUGGCCUCCCUCGCCUCUGCCUCGCUGAACAUGGCGCUGGCGGGCCUGAUGGGCACCAGCCUGAAGAUGAAUCCAAUAGAUACGGCGCUGUACAUGGCGCCUCUGUCGGCACUGAUGCUGCUGUUACCCGUCUUCUUCAUGCCCCACCCGACCGAGUGGCCUGGCGCCAUGAUGACCGAUUGGCAGAUCACGAAGACGGUGGCCCAGCACGCGCCUGAGGUGCUUGGCUUGGCGCUCUUGUCUGGCGCCUUCGCGGUGUGCUACAACGUGCUGACGUACUUCUUCGUGCAAUCGCUCUCCGCGACGCACGCCGCCUUCGCCUCCAACUUCAACAAGACCCUCCCAUUCAGCGGCUGGGGCCUCGUGAUGGCCGGCGGCAUCGGCGGAAACAUCGCUGCCUUCACGGCCUACAGUCUCGUCAAGCGGGCUGGCCUGCGCGCGCCCGUGCUUUCCGCCGCCGACGCGGAGAUCGAGGCCGUGCGCGAGGAGCUCCGGCGCGAGCGGGAGUCUUCUGCGCAGGCGCAGGAGGGGGCGAAGAAGUUGAUCCUGGAGCUGCGCCAGGAGUACGAGCGCGGCAGCGGCGAGGCCGAGCGCGAGGCGCGGCUGAGGCUGGACGCUGAGCGCGCUGAGCUGGCCGCGGCGCAGGAGGAGCUGGCGCAGGCGCGCGCUCAGGCUGCGGAGGCUUCGCGCCAGCAGCGCGAGGAGGCCGCUUCUUGGCGCCAGAAUCUGGCCAAGGUCUCGCAGGCCUCCGAGGCGGGCCGAAGGGAUGACCCACGGCCCGAGGAGAAGGUCGACGAUAUCGGUAAGACAGUUGAGGGUCACAGCCAGCAGAUCGCCGCAGUGCAAUCUCAGAUUGGACAGUCGGGCUGCGGUGCGGGGGGCGAUACUGGGAGCGGAAGCGGGAGUGGAAGUGGGGGCACAUUCGUUCCGGCCUAUUUCACGAUCGACGGCUUCUCGACCUGGGACGAUCGCCGGGCCACGGGGAUCUCGAGGAUGGACGCAGAGCCCUUCAUGGCACGAUUGAAGGAUCAUCUUCCUGAGUCGCUACGUUCCAAAGUUCAAGAGUUCGAGUUGUUCGUCAGCCGCUCAAAAAGCAUUCGCGUGCACGUUACCUCUCACGCAGUGGAGAUCGCAUUGAUCUACAAAGAGUUUCUGGAGAACGAGGCGAACUACUGGAACAACCGCAAGCUAUGGACCUAUGCUCAGAGGUCCCACCCUGACCAGAUCCACUACGAGAAGAUCGGCAAGGCUAGGGCCUUCCUGGACUAUAACGCUAAAGCCUCCCAGCAUAAUGCGACCGCCAAAUGCUCCUACAACCCCCACUGGGUGUUCACGCGCAACUUCGAUGGGGAGGACGUGGAGAUGGGGUACGCCGGCGCGAAGGGGGACACGUGGUGGAACGAGGCUAACACGCAGCGAGCGUUCAACAUGGACUCCGCUGCGAUGGACAAAGAGAUGUGGACAUUCAAGCGGGCCGCCGCUGGCAACAUCUGCAAGUACCUCCGGUAG